ACUGAGGUUCUCCUAGUCAGAGAGCAGGUGCUGCUGUGCUGAGCUCUGCUGUCUCGAUGAGCAACGCCGACAACCCACAGAAACGCACCACCUACCUCAUCUCCCUCACUUUGGUGAAGGUUGAGGCUCUGCCAGAGCAGGAGGAUGCAGAGGUGAAGAAGCCCCUUCCAGAGGGGGAAGGGAAGAAGGAGAAGGAGGAGGAGGAGGAGGCGAGAAGAGGCCCCAAAGAGGAGGAUGGAUGUGUUGGUCCACAAGUGGUGGAUAAAGAGAGCGCACAAGUGGAAGAAGAAGUGGAGCAGGUGCAGGUCAAGUAUGGCAGCCCUAAUGAGUAUUGGGGGAAAGCCGAACGCAGGGACUUUAAAGACGUUGUUCCGCCUGCUAAAAGCAAGGACCCUUCCGUGGUCCACCCAGCGGCGAGGCAAAUGGUGAAGGUGUACAGCGGGAGCAGCUUCGAGGCUACCGUCCGCAGAGAGGGCCUUCGCUCCGACGCCUCACGCCCCAAGACGGAGCUCUACCGCGAACCUCCCAGGCUCUACCUCAAGGGUGAGAACGGAUCGGAGCUCAGCAACCGCUCGCGCUGCAGCCUCCCGUUUUCCAUCCCGCCUCAGGUGAGCCAGCGCCCCGAAGUGCUGAUGAGGUCGCACGUGGGGGCCAACUCUGCAUGCUGGAGGGACGCCAGAGACGCCAACAGCAGUUUGUAUCACUCUGCCAAAACUCUAGAGCGCAGGGAGCAGCCCCCCUUGGCGGCGGCGACGACGACUCUGGGGCCUUACAGGGCGUCCUGGGCCGACAGCGACGGGAGGGGAACGCUCAUUCGUCCUGCGGCUCCCCUCAGUGGAGGCUAUUCCGGGAUAAUGAGCAGGGACAACUCUCACGAAGAAAGGUUUAAGGUUUCCCUGGCUGCACCUGCCACCUCCGAAGGGAACCGACCUCAGCGAAAAGGAACAAGUCGCACCCUGGACAACAGCGACUUGCACUGCCUCUCUGAAGACGCCAGGAGGGGGAAGGAGGGCCAAGGAGGAACGAUCCAGAGAGCUCCUCCACGUGACCGCAAGAUGCUCAAGUUCAUUAGUGGGAUUUUCACCAAAAGUGCAGCCGGGCCACAGAAUGUCAGCACUGCAGCUGCCCUCUAUCCAGCUGUGGAGAGGGGCUCCAGCGAGGAGGAGGCUGCAUGCACCAGCAGCCAGGAAUGGACCAUCACUCAAACUGUACAAGAACUUCACCUGGCUGUGUUAGGAGGUCUAUGCAGUGGGAAGUCUGCUCUGGUCCACAGACACUUGACAGGAAGUUAUCUGGCGGUGGAGAAUGCUGAGGGGCACCAGUACAUUAAAGAUGUCCUUGUUGACGGACAGAGCCACCUGUUGAUCAUCAGAGAAGAGACAGAACUCCCAGGAGCCCAGUUUGCCAGUUGGCUCGACGCCGUCAUCCUGGUCUUCAGUUUGGAAAACGAGGCCAGCUUCCAGGAAGUGUACAAGAUCUACCACCAGCUCGCUCUCCUCCGGCCAGUCGCUGAGAUACCUUUCGUAGUGGUCGGCACGCAAGACAAGAUCAGCAGCAACAACCCUAGAGUUAUAGACGAUGCCAGGGCCAGACAGCUGUGCUCGGACGUGCGGCGAUGCACUUAUUAUGAAACCUGCGCCACGUACGGCCUCAACGUCAACAGAGUCUUCAAUGAUGCUGCUCAGAAGAUCAUGGCUGCCAAGAAGCAAGCUGCCUUACUGGCUUCCUGCAAAUCCCUUCCCAACUCUCCGAGUCACUCUGGAGGCUCCACUCCAGUGUCGGGUGUCUUUCCAGGACAGGCCAGCAAUGGGGGUCAGAGUAGCGAUUACUCCUCAUCACUUCCUUCCACCCCCGUGAUUAGCCAUAAAGAGAUUGGCAGGUCUGCACGAGGGGAGAAACAAGACAGUGGCACUCCCGGUUCCAUCCGCAGCGCCACCCGGCGACGCACGGCACGUUUUGCCGGUCGCAGAGGCAGUGACUCAGCCAGGCGAAGUGCAGACUGCAAAGAUGUGGGCAGCGGACGCUUUAUUCCUAUCAAGCAGGGCUUUUUGCUCAAGCGCAGCGGAAACUCGCUCAACAAAGAGUGGAAAAAGAAGUACGUGACGCUCUCCAGCGACGGGAUACUUUCGUACCACUCCAGCGUCAAUGACUAUAUGCUGAAUACACCCGGGAAAGAAAUGGACCUGCUGCGAGUGACGGUGAAGGUGCCGGGCAAGCGCCCCCCUCGCGCCACACCCUCUGGCGGGCCUCCAGUCGGGCUCAAUGGGAGGGUGAAAGAUGGUCCUGAAGGUGUCAGCCUGGUUCCUGUCAGCGCCAGCAGCUUCCUGCAAGUGGACGACAUGGACGGGCUGGGAAGCACACUCUUCCUGAGGGGUAACAGAGGAGUGCAACGUUGCGCCUCGAAUGUCUCCAACCACGCUCAAAGUGUCGACUCUGCAUUUGAGGGCGUAUCGAGCUCUUCAUCCACCAAAGACGUGGGCUCCACAUCCCCAGUGGAGGACAGAAAAAAGCAUCGCAGGAAGAAGAGCACAAACCAGAAAGGGGACGCCACCAUUGGCCAAGCAGACGCCAAGCGGAAAAUGUGGAAGCUGAAAAGCUUUGGUAGCUUAAGAAACGUGAGCAAAACAGAGGAAGAGAACAAUGACUUCCUCAUUGUGUCGAGUUCGGGCCAGACGUGGCACUUUGAAGCCCAGAGUGUGGAGGAGAGGGACUCCUGGGUCCAGGCCAUCGAGAGCCAGAUCCUGGCCAGCUUGCAGCUGUGCGAGAGCAGCAAAAACAAGGUUCGCAAAAACAGUCAGAGUGAGGCAGUGGCUCUGCAGGCUAUUCGCAACGCCAAGGGCAACAAUUUUUGUGUCGACUGCGACGCUCCAAAUCCGACGUGGGCCAGUUUGAACCUCGGUGCCCUGAUUUGCAUCGAGUGCUCGGGGAUCCACAGAAACUUGGGAACUCACGUGUCCCGCGUUCGCUCUCUGGAUCUUGACGAUCUGCCCCAAGAGCUCACGCUAGUCCUCAGCGCCAUUGGCAACCACAUGGUUAACUGCAUAUGGGAGGCACGCACAAUGGGCCACCGUAAACCCACCCCAGAUGCCACCCGGGAGGAACGCGAGUCAUGGAUUCGAGCCAAAUAUGAGCAGAAACUAUUUGUGGCGCCCUUGCCUCCUCCUUCUCCUAAGGAGGGUCCAGACAUCACGCUGUCGGGUCGUCUUCUGUUGGCUGUGAUGGAGCACAACCUCCCCAAAUUGCUGCUGCUUCUAGCCCACUGCACCAAGGAAGACGUCAAUGGCGCCCCCAGCAUGACGCUCUCCUCCAGGUCGCUCCCGGCAUUGCGGCUGCCCGGCUCAGCUCUUCACGCCGCCUGUCAGCAGGCCAAUGUGGUGAUGACGCAGCUUCUUGUGUGGUAUGGCUGUGAUGUUCGUUGUCGGGACGCUCAGGGUCAAACGGCGCUGAUCCUGGCUCACAUGGCGGCCAGCCAAGAGUGCGCCGACAUCCUGCUGCAGUAUGGCUGUCCCAACGAACCCGCCCCUUCCGUCGCCACGACCGGUGGAUUUGUAUCAGCCGCCGCCCCCGGCUUUCCCGUCACCAUGACGCAGAGCCUGACGGUAGCCACCACUCUAAAGAUCUCGCACAAGAGCGGCGGCACCAGCUUCAACUACAGCACUUCGAGAAGAACCGUGUCGUAAUGGAGAGAUAGGAUCAAGGACGGAAUAAGGGUGCCGCCAGACGUUGGAGAACUGCUGUGAGGAAGCAACACACACGCUGGCUAAUGCCGCAAACAUUUUACUGACUGCUCUUUGUUUGCAGCUCAUUUAAAAUACAACACCAACUUAUUCAAGUAUGGCGAUCCACCCAAACAUAUAAAUGUAAACAACUGCAAUAAGAUGGUAUUAACUGGUAUGUACAUUGUGUACAGUGGGAAAAUAAGCAUUUGAUCCCAUGCUGAUUUAAUAAGUUACCCUCUUACAAAUAUAUGAACUGUCCAGAAUUAUUAUGGUAGGUUUAUUCAGACCAAACAUGUCGAGGUGAUGCCAGAGAGGUCAAGUUUGGUCUCAUGUGACCACAUCACUCUCUACCAAGCCUACUAGAUUUUACAGAGCGAUUUCAAGACCUCUAAAUUUGGUAAUGAAAACUACAACAAGGAUGCACGUUGCACUCAAACAGCCGGUGUGUAAUAAGUACAUUACUUACAGUUUAGACACUUGCUAGGGCUUAACAAAAGACAAGACUGGCACAUUCAACUUAAUGGGAAAGACUACUUUCUGACUACAGCAACACACUAAUACAAACUUAAAUUAAUGCAUACCGUACUUGCAAAUGAGUUUUGAUUGAUUGAUUGAUUGAUUGAUACUUUUAUUAGUAGAUUGCACAGUUCAGUACAUAUUCCGUACAAUUGACCACUAAAUGGUAACACCCGAAUAAGUUUUUCAACUUGUUUAAGUCGGGGUCCACGUUAAUCAAUUCAUGGAGACGUCAGAAGUAUAAUAAAACAAGAUAUACUAUUAUACUGUAAGAAGGUCUAGGUCAUAGGUGUCAAAGUCAAGGCUCACAGUCCGAAUCCGGCCCGCAAAUAAAUUAUCUAAGGCCCCCGGGAUGAUAUUUGAUUAGUAUUAGAGCCGGCCCGCAAGCCACAGCCACCUGCUGCUGUUUUGCACGCAAAAAUACUCCAUCGGUAUUGAUGCUAGAACUUUUCAAAACUGGGUUCCAGGGACCCCAUCAAUUCAUAAAAAUUGGGUCCCACAGUACAUUUUUGGGGUCCCACUUUUUUGUAACCGUUUUGAAAACAAAUGAUAAAUGUAGACAUUAUCCUGUUAUAUCUCACAUUCUAUAUUGUUUUUUUGAAAAAGGAUUUUCAUAAGUGUUACUUAAUUAAUUAAACAAAAUAAUACAAAAGAAAAAAAUGCAUAUGUAAAUGUAUUCAGUUAUAAACAUUAAUUUUUCUUCUUUCCUUUAUGGAUCCUUUAUAAAUAUUUUUAUUGAAUAAUACUUCAAUAAAAUAUGAAUGUGAAAAGAAAUGCAACAAUGCAAUAUUCAGUGUUGACAGCUAGAUUUUUUUGUGGACAUGUUCCAUAAUUAUUGAUGUUAAAGAUUUAUUUUUUUGUGAAGAAAUGUUUAGAAUUAAGUUCCUGAAUCCAGAUGGAUCUCUAUUACAAUCCCCAAAGAGGGCACUUUAAGUACCCGGGCGGUAUGGCUCGGUUGGUAGAGUGAUUUGGGGGUUCCGGGUUCGAUCCCUGCUUCUGCCAUCCUGGUUACUACCGUUAUGACCUUGGGCAAAACACGUUACCCACCUGCUCCCAGCGCCACCCACACUGGUUUAAAUGUAACUCAGAUAAUGAUUUUCACAAUGUCAAGUGCUUUGAGUCACUUGAGAAAAGCGCUAUAUAAAUAUAAUUCACUUCAUCUAAACUCUACUGCUGCUGGUAUUUUUUUCUAUAUUUUUACUGUCAUAUUUUCGGAAUGGGUUUGCCCUAUUUUUGGCCAAAGUAAGACAAAGAAAACUAUCUGAAGAUUUCCCUCCAUGCGGCUCCUGAGCUAAAAUGAGUUUGACACCCCUGGCUAGGUCAAUAAAUCAAUUAAUAAAACGACAAAUGAAAAUUAAUUCGAUAAGUUUGCUGUCAUCGAUAGAUUGCAAUGUUUGUGUGUGUUUUUCUUAGUCUAAUACUUCCAAAAAGGGGACAAGGAGGUUCACUUUGUGCAUCGCUUUCAGCACCUGAGUGUGUUUAUUGCAUAGUAGAAUUAAAUGAACUGGGUGAAUACUUUCCUUAGUCAUCCACAAUCUUUGUCUCUGUGGCGGUACUGCUAGCCUCCGCACACGGAGAACCUCUCUAGUCGUGACUUGAUUGUGAAAAGCACCGCGAGGUAACACAAAUAGGAUUGAAACGCCAAAUGAAAAACCAAAAACAACGACAGCAGCAAAUAAAUAAAAUACACGCUUGACCCAGUUUUUCCCACUGAGGAAAAAAAAUUGCCCUUCAUAGAAGUGUAAUUUUUGCUAACAGAGAUUGAGACUCCAUUUAGUUUUUUGUCUGUUCACCUUUUUUAGGGUAAAUAAAAGUUGUUCAAAUACCAUUUACAAUUUAAAAAAAAAAAGUGAAAAUGCAUUGCGUUGGAAAGUACUGUUAUUAUUAUUAAGUAUUACUAAAGUGACUUGUCCAGGGUGUACCCCGCCUUCCGCCCGAUUGUAGCUGAGAUAGGCGCCAGCGCCCCCCCCCCCCCCCCCCCCGCGACCCCGAAAGGGAAUAAGCGGUAGAAAAUGGAUGGAUGGAUGGAUAUUACUAAAGUGCUUAAUUUGGUCACAGAAUAAUAUCUAUUAUUGGCAAUAAGUGAAGUAAAAUAUAUUUCUAUAGCGCUUUACAUAGUGAAACCCAUUAUCUAAGUCACAUAUAAGCCAGUGUGGGUGGCACUGGGAGCAGGCGGGUGAAGUGUCUUGCCCAAAGACACAACAACAGUAUCUCCCAUCCAAAGGCAAAACCCAGUAACUCAAUUUCGGUGAAAACAGAGCUGAUAAUAAUUUUGGAGUUCCUAGGUGAUAUGCUUUACAUUAGUGUAUGCGAUAUUGUAAUUCGUUCCGUAAGUAAGCUGUUACUACCACAUAACCGCGUAGAUACAACAGAAAAACCUAGUAUCUCAAGGGACCAAUCGAAGCGUCUUUGUCAGUGGCCUUAUUGUCUUUAAUGAGACAUUUGCACGAAUGGGGGCCGACGGUCAACCUGAUUAUGUGAUAUUAUGGCACGAGGGGAUAUUUGGAAGAUUGGCCCAGGACGUUGCAAGCACCUUCAUUAAAUGUAUUGUUCUUGAUUCUUCCCCUUGCAUACUCUUUUGGGCAGAUAACUGUGGAGGUCAAAAUAAAAACUGCACCCUGUACACGGCUCUUGCCCAAUGUGCAAACGCAGAAUGGGGCCCACCCGAGAUUGUGAUAAAAUAUCUGGAGAAAGGGCAUACGUUCAUGAGAGCAGAUUCAAUCCAUGGCUCAAUCGGCAAGAAAAUGAAAGCUCAAGAAAACAUCUAUACGUUUGAUGACUUUGUAGAUCUUUGUAAGACAGCAUCAAGAUAGAUUGGUUUUCCUCUGUUUUCUCAAAAUCAGCUAGAAGUGAGUUACUAGGUUUUGCCUUUGGACGGGAGAGUUAGUAGGAUGGCAGAAGCAGGGAUCAAACCCAGAACCCUCAAGUUGCUAGCACGGCCGCUCUACCAACCGAGCUCCACCUCCCCAAUAAUUUCCGGGACAAUGAGUCAUCUUAAAAAAUGUGGCGUUUGUGCAAUGCGGAUAUUUAUAGAAAUUAAAAACAUAUUUUUCAAUACAUUUUGGCCUCUUGUCCACAUGCUAAAAAAGUUUUUUUGUCCUUAAAAUGUUGUCAUUUUAUCUUGUGUUUUAUGAAAUGUGUGACAGUCGCAACAGAACAUGAUUAGUCGGUUUUAUUUUGUGCAGCCAUAGACGCACGAGUAUGCUUGUCAACAGACACGGGAGAUUAAAAAAGUAAAAAAAUAUAUGUUUUUUAUGAUCCGUAGAGUGCUGAUUUUAUAAAAUCUUAAUGUCUAUCACUUUAUUGAGACAUUGUAAUACAGUCUUCUGAUUGGCCAGAAUGAACAGCCCCCCCAAAAAAUUUUAAACUCCACUGGUGUGGAUGCAGAUUUUUUUUUUUUUAAAUGUACAUUUUUGAAAAUAAUACGAGCCCUCUUUUUUCUCACAAUCAUCUUUACCCCACAAGGUGAAAUAUUGACGGGUAUAUUGUUUGGUGUCAUUCCAAUUGUGGUUUCUUUCUCACUAAGCUUUUUGUUGAUGGUCUUGUAAUUCAUUAGUCUCGCGCAGUUUUAUUAGUGAAAUCGUCACCGGUUUUUAGUAUUUUCUUCCCUUUCCGAUUUUUUCCGCUCCAAUCGAUUAGUUCAGUUCCGUUGAUUUUGAUUCAUGCAUACAUUUACAAUUACAAUGUAAUGCAGGGGUCACCAAGGCGGUGCCCGCGGGCACCAGGUAGCCCGUAAGGACCAGAUGAGUAGCCCACUGGCCUGUUCUAAAAAUAGCUCAAAUAGCAGCACUUACCAGUGAGCUGCCUCUAUUUUUAAAAUUGUAUUUAUUUACUAGAAGAGUUGGUUUCGCUUUGCUCGACAUUUUCGAUUCUAAGAGAGACAAAACUCAAAUAGAAUUUGAAAAUCCAAGAAAAUAAUUUAAAGACUUGGUCUUCACUUGUUUAAAUAAAUUCAUUUAUUGUUUUUACUUUGCUUCUUAGAACUUUCAGAAAGACAAUUUUAAGAGAAAAAAAUACAACCUUAAAAAUGAUUUUCAAACACAUAUACCUUUUUAGCUUUUAAAUUCCAUCCAAUUUAAAUCAAUGUUCAAGUAAAUUUAUUUUUUUUAUUGUAAAGAAUAAUAAAUACAUUUUAAUUUGAUUCUUCAUUUUAGCUUCUGUUUUUUCGACGAAGAAUAUUUGUGAAAUAUUUCUUCAAACCUAUUAUGAUUAAAAUUAAAAGAAAUUAUUCUGGCAAAUCUAGAAAAUCUUUAGAAUCAAAUUUAAAUCUUAUUUCAAAUUAUUUGAAUUUCUUUUAAAAUUUUUGUUCUGGAAAAUCUAGAAGAAAUAAUGAUUUGUCUUUGUUAGAAAUGUAGCUUGGUCCAAUUUGUUAUAUAUUUUAACAAAAUGCAGAUUGGAUUUUAACCUAUUCAAAACAUGCCAUCAAAAUUCUAAAAUUAAUCUUAAUCAGGAAAAAUUACUAAUGAUGUUCCAUAAAUUCUUUUUUUUAAUUUUUUUUCAAAAAGAUUCAAAUUACCUAAUUUUUCUCUUCUUUUUAUCGGUAGAAUUUUGAAUUUCAAAAAUUCGAAAUUGAAGAUAAACUAUGUUUCAAAAUUUAAUUUUCGUUUUUUUCCUGUUUUCUCCUUUUUUAUACUGUUCAAUUGAGUGUUUUUUUUCAUCAUUUAUUCUCUACAAAAAAACUUUCCGUAAAAGGAAAAAAAAUGUACGACGGAAUGACAGACAGAAAUACCAAUUUUUUUAUAUACAUACAUUUUUUUCAUUAAAGUUAAAUUGAGCAAAUUAGCUAUUUCUGGCAAUUUAUUUAAGUGUGUAUCAAACUGGUAGCCCUUCGCAUUAAUCAGUACCCAAGAAGUAGCUCUUGGUUUCAAAAAGGUUGGUGACCCCUGAUGUAAUGCAUCACACAUUUCCAGUUGUUUCAUUACAUCAUGUCCUAAAAGGAGUAGAAAGAAGCAUAGCUUAUUUAAUAUUUAAUACUUGUGGUUUUUUUCUAACACAAGCUUCUCUGUAAUGGUCUUGACAACUUGUCCAUGGUCUUGGAGGGGUUUGAAUGGAAUAGACCGUGUCUUCUGUCCGAAUAACUACCGUAUUUUUCGGACUAUAAGUCGCAGUUUUUCUCGUAGUUUGGCCGGGGGUGUGACUUAUACUCAGGAGCGACUUAUGUGUGAAAUUAUUAACUCAUUACCGUAAAAUAUCAAAUAAUAUUAUUUAUCUCAUUAACGUAAGAGACUAGACGUAUAAGAUUUCAUAGGAUUUAGUUAUUAGGAGUGACAGAUUGUUUGGUAAACGUAUAGCAUGUUCUAUAUGUUAUAGUGUUUUGAAUGACUCUUACCAUAUGUUACGUUAACUUACCAGGCACCUUCUCAGUUGGUUAUUUAUGCGUCAUAUAACGUACACUUAUUCAGCCUGUUGUUCACUAUUCUUUAUUUAUUUUAAAUUGCCUUUCAAAUGUCUAUUCUUGGUGUUGGGUUUUAUCAAAUAAAUUUCCCCCAAAAAUGCGACUUAUACUCCAGUGCGACUUAUAUAUGUUUUUUUUUCCUUCCUUAUUUUGCAUUUUCGGCAGGUGCGACUUAUACUCCGGAAAAUAUGGUAGUUGAAAUUAGGAUUCAUUUAUUAAAUUAAUUACUUUGCUUCAUUGGUUAAAUCACCAAAAUGAUUCCCGAGCGCGGCCACCGCUGCUGCUCACUGCUCCCCUCACCUCCCAGGGGCUGGAACAAGGGGAUGGGUCAAAUGCAGAGGGUAAUUUCACCACACCUAGUGUGUGUGUGACUAUCAGUGGUACUUUAACUUUAACAUAAUAUUUUCUAAAUCAACAACAAACUAUUUUUCUAACUUUUCAUUCAUUUUUUUUUUGUUAAAAUCUCCACCAUAAAAGUUCUGUAUUUUUCAUAUGGUUCAAUAAUACUUGGGUCAACUUUCAAAAUCAGCAGGGGAUCGAUUCCUUCCUUCUUCACGGUAUCUGCCACUUCAGAGGUGUGUCACACUCAAAGAGAGUGUAAAUAUUGUCUGUUCUUCUCAAAGGUGCCCCGAUUGUUUUAAAGAAAAUCUAGAAAUACGAUGAUGGAAUUCUAUGAAUCUACAAAAACAACAACAUUGUUGUAUUACAUUUUGUACAGUAAGUGGUUCUGUGUCCAAAAAGUGGCUCACAAAGAGAUUAUUGCUUUGGUGUUCCUUUGAUAAUGAACUCUUGAAAAGCUCAAGACUUCAGAUUUCUAUUGAAUGUUUGUAUCACUGUGCGCGGCAUAAACCACUGUACAGCAGGGCCGUCCAAACUUUAAAGGAUGCAGGGGGGGGGGGGG